CUGAGGCGGCUGUGCAGGUCCUCACCCGGCGACGUUCGCGUGGCGGGCUUUUUCGGUCCUUUCGCUUUUGCGGGGCGUUGCCAGAGCGGGUUUUAGGAGUCCGGCGGCCGCGCGAUGGCUUGGAGGUUCAUGAGCAAUUUUGAUUGGGAAUUGGAUCCUGAUAUAUAUGGAGAUAGGCAUUACAAUGCUUUUACUCGAGAAUUUUAUCCCAGCCUAGAAGACCUUGUGGGAUCAGAUGCUACUAUGGUGACUGAAGAAGAUACGGAUUCAGCUAUCUUAUUUGGAACUCUGAGAGGCAAUGUGGUUGGAUUGCAGUAUUAUACAGGAGUGGUCAAUAAUAAUGAAAUGGUUGCACUCCAGAGAGAGCCUAACAAUAAAUAUGACAAGAAUGCUGUAAAAGUAAAUAAUGUGAAUGGAGACCAGGUAGGCCACAUCAAAAAAGAGCUGGCAGCAUCAUUGGCAUACAUCAUGGACAACAAGUUGGCAGUGGUGGAGGGGGUUGUUCCUUCUGGUGCAAAGAAUAUGUUCACUAUGCCAGUACAGUUGAGUUUUUGGGGUAAAGCAGAAAAUAAGCAAGCGGUUCUUGAUCGACUAAAAAUGCAGGGCUUUCAAUUAGCUCCUCCAGGAAAAAAAUUUAGCGUUGGGACUAGCAAGACAUAUGGCAAAGCUGGAAGAAGUUACAGUGCUCCGGUCCAUGCUGCUGUACAAAUGACAACUGAACAGCUCAAGACUGAAUUUGACAAACUUUUUGAAGAUCUGAAGGAAGAUGAUAAAACGCGUGAAGUAGAAGCAGCAAAGGCUGUUGUAACUCCAUUACUUCCACAUCAGAAGCAGGCUUUGGCUUGGAUGAUUUCACGCGAGAACAACAAGGAGUUGCCUCCAUUUUGGGAAGAGAGGGAAAACUACUUCUACAAUACAAUUACCAACUUUGCUGAAAAAACGCGGCCAGAAAAUGUUCUUGGAGGAAUAUUGGCAGAUGACAUGGGCUUGGGUAAAACACUUACUACGAUAGCUGUGAUACUUAGCAACUUCCAUGGUGGCAAACCUCUUCCUGUUAAAAAGAAAAGUGAUCAACUGAAGAUAUUUCCCAUUAAGAAAUGUGUUCCUGCUGUGAAAAAUGACCAAGAAGCACCCAGUAUUGGCCUGCAGCUGAAUGCUUCUGAUACAAAGGAGAGUGAUUCUCUUCCAUCUCAGUCAUCCAGAACCCGUCCAAAGAGAGCUGUGGGCAAAAAGCCAAAGUAUACAGCAAGCAGUGACUCAGAGCCUGAAGAGCAGGACAUACAAAUAAUGGAAACCAAAGUGCAAAAAACGCAUCCAGCAACAAGAAAGAGAAGAAAAGCUUCUUGUGAUAUUCAAGAGGAUAAAGCAUUUGCUUCUGCUCUUGAGGAACCAGCUAUUUCUUCAAAAAAGACAAAGAAAAAAGGUGUUGUUACUAUACAGCAUAAGAAAAAUGAAGGUGGAGAGACACUUGGGACAACACUGAUCAUUUGUCCACUUUCUGUCCUAAGUAACUGGAUUGAUCAGUUUGAACAACAUGUGGAUCCAGGUGUUCACUUGAACCUUUAUGUUUACUAUGGCUCGGAACGCAGCAAAGAUCCUGCGGUACUUUCAAGACAGGAUGUCGUAUUAACAACUUACAACGUUUUAGCUAGUGACUAUGGAGCCAGAGGUCAUAGUCCUUUACACAAAUUAAAAUGGCUGAGAGUGGUUUUGGAUGAAGGACACACAAUACGAAAUCCAAAUGCUCAACAGACAAAAGCUGUACUGGACCUAGAUGCACAAAGAAAAUGGAUUUUGACAGGCACACCUAUUCAGAAUUCCUUAAAGGAUUUGUGGUCUCUUCUUUCCUUUUUAAAGCUGAAGCCUUUUACAGAUAGAGACUGGUGGAACAGAACAAUCCAGCGUCCUGUAACUAUGGGAGAUGAAGGAGGGCUUAAGCGUUUACAAUCCCUAAUUAACAGCAUUACACUUCGAAGAACUAAAACAAGCAAAGUUAAAGGGAAGCCAGUUUUGAAGCUCCCGGAGCGCAAAGUAUUCAUUCAGCAUAUUACACUUACAGAUGAAGAGAGCCACAUGUAUCAUUCUAUGAAAAACGAGAGCAUUGCUGCUAUUAGCAGGUAUUUCAAAGAAGGAAGUGUCUUGACCCACUAUGCAGAUGUUCUUGGUGUGUUGCUCAGGUUGAGACAGUUGUGUUGUCAUCCAUGGCUCUGUACAAGUGUGUCCUCAUCCAGCGGUACAGAAGAUAAAUGUACCCCUGAAGAAUUGCGUAAGAAAUUAAUAGAAAAAAUGAAGUUAGUGCUAAGCUCUGGAUCAGAUGAAGAAUGUGCCAUUUGCUUAGAGUCCCUGAACUUUCCUGUGAUAACACACUGUGCCCAUGUGUUCUGUAAACCAUGUAUCUGUGAAGUCAUCCAGAGAGAGAAGACAAACGCCAAAUGUCCUCUUUGCAGGAAAGUGGUUGGAUUAGAAAAUUUAGUAGAAUGUCCUUCAGAGGAACUGGAUAGUGAAAAAAAGCCUGGCCAAGAAUGGGUAUCUAGUUCAAAGGUCAAUGCCUUGAUGCAUGCCUUGAUAAAACUAAGGAAGCAAAAUCCUACUAUUAAGAGUUUAAUAGUUUCUCAGUUCACAAAGUUCCUGACUCUAAUAGAGAUUCCACUAAAGGAAUCUGGGUUUGCUUUUGCUCGUUUGGAUGGGUCUAUGACACGGAAACAAAGAGUACAGGCAAUCCAGCAGUUCCAAAGUAAUGAAGAAGGGUCCCCAACUAUAAUGCUGUUAUCUCUAAAAGCUGGUGGUGUUGGUUUGAAUCUCACAGCAGCUUCACAAGUAUUUUUAAUGGAUCCAGCUUGGAAUCCUGCUGCAGAGGACCAGUGCUUUGACAGAUGUCACAGACUUGGGCAGAAGCAGGAUGUUGUCAUCACCAAGUUCAUUGUGAAGAACUCGGUGGAGGAAAACAUGCUGAAAAUCCAGGAGAAGAAGAAAGAACUUGCGACUGGAGCCUUUGGAAGCAAGAAACCUUCUAGUGAAACAAAAAUUAACGAAAUCAAGACUUUGAUGGAUUUAUAACUUGAGAUGUUAGGCCCAGCUAAUUUACAGCUGACCUGAAUGUUACUUGUUCAGUGUGUACAUAGCUUUAUAAUUACUCUGUUAAAUCAUCAUUGGCAUAAGAUGUGCCAUGUAACAAGCAGACUGAUGCAGUUAUUAUUAUUAUUAUUAUUAUUAUUAUUAUUAUUAUUGGCUGCAUUCCUAAGGCAUGGUGGCUCUCAAUUUUAGGACAGAUGAGAACUUUAAUUACUCUCAUUUUUCUGUCUAUCCAUACUUCCCUCCUGGCCACCAUUUCCCUGGGAAAUAAAAGAAAGAUUUUUGUUAGCUCCUCAGGUGGAGCCCCCCCAGGUUGUGUCUCCUCCCCCCCCCCCCGCCAGUGUUGGGGGACUGGGUAGGAGCAGGAUUCUUUGGAUCCAAGCCUCUCCUGGAAUGUCCAAAAAUCUUCCUGAUAUGAUAUCCCCACUUCAGGUAUUAUUGGCAUCAGAACUGACAUUGGCAGGGCCAUAGCCACAGACGUUUUUGCAGCAGUGGUUGUGGGGGACCAACAGCAGAUCUCCUUUGCUGAAGUAUUGGGGGAGAUCCAAUGUAUCCUAUAUUCCUUAGGACUGCAGACAUAGGAUUUAAGGUGGUGGCUAUCCUGAACAUCAGGACUUCAAAACGUAGUUAUCAACAUGUUGUUUAAAUGCACUGAUGCCCUUUUAUCAAAUUUUCUUGAAUUGUGUUUAGUGUACGAAGGGCACGUAUUACUCAUAACAAAGAAUACUAUGCUUUAAAGUAGAGUUAAAUGAGUCACCUAGCAGUGUCAUAUUUUAUUUGUGUGUUGGGCAGAUUGACAAUGACCAACAUGCUUUUGCUCUGGGGCGAAUGCCAGUUAGAUAACCUAGUUCAUGUGCUCCUGUAACUGUCUACAUCAGUAGAAAAGGAUUGUAAAAUGAGGAUGUGUAUGACCAGAAUUAAGUUCCUUCCUUUUUUUGUGCUACACUAUAGCCAAACAAUCUUAACUCCUAAAAGUAAAAUAUUUUAUUUAAGUUACAGCUUCACAAUUUUUAGUUAAUUGCAAACUCUUAAUUUUACAGUGAUAUGACUUAAAACGCUCUAUAGAUUGUUGUCUACUAUAUACUGCAUUUUCUACUAUCUUGUACAGCUAGAAUCAGGAUUUAGGAAAUCAUGUUUACUGAAAACAAGUAAACUUCAGAAAUCAUAGUUACUGAAAACAAGUAAACAUUUGUCUGAGUUGUUACUCUGCUUCCAUUCCCUUGCUGCAAAGUCAUUCAAGAAAUAGCAUCGAUUGAAAUAGUAAAACCUCAGUAAUUUGGUGGAAGUUUUAUUUCUAGGUAAAUAAAAUUGUGGCUUAUGCAAACUCAUGCCUAUAAUCAUUAACAUUUUUAACGCUUUUUGAUUAUCUGCACAGUAUGACCUGUAAACAGCAACUGAGGCAUAAGCUCCUGGCAGAUCUUGUAAAAAUGCACAAGAAGAAUCGAUAACAAGCUUUAUAUCCAUGAGCUUCUCACCCAUCGCCUAGCUUAUCUGCUAAUCAGAAAUCAAAAUCUCCGGUGCUGAUAGCAUUCCCCUGCUGUCCCCAUUUUAUGCUGGCCACUCUUAGCAAGUAGUUAAAACUAGUGGAACACGGAAAAAAACACAUUGAGAUGUGGCGUACUCCUGUACAGCAUUCUGUAACCAGCAAGCCACUCACUUCCUCUCAUCAUUGUGCCAUUUGAGAUUUUCCCAUCCCUUCAUUUUUUCUUAAAGCUUUGUUUGUUUGUUUGGCUUUGUAAGGAUUAGCAUGUAGAAAUUUGAUGGAUGAGUGCUAAGUGCACAAAGGGUAACAUGAACUAAGAGUGGGUAACUUUCCCCUGUUUUUCCUGUAGCAUCUUAACAAGACAGGAACACAAUUUUCCCUUGAUAGUACAUCAGGCGGGUUAUCAUCACUGGACCACAGCUCCUGUAAUCCUUGACCAUUGGCCAUACUGGGUGGAGAAGAUGGGAGCUGGAGAUCAGCAUAUCUAUAGCUUCCUUGCCCUUGCUGAGAUAUUAAAUUAUGAUGGCAGUUGUUUAUUGUGGCAGUCUUCUAUGGACACCACAGAAAUGGGGAAAUCCAACACUGCUAGUGGGAUGUGCAUCCAACAAGUAGCCAAAACAUUUAAGACCUUAAUUCGUUCCGGAGGUACGUUCUUAACCUGAAACUGUUCUUAACCUGAAGCACCACUUUAGCUAAUGGGGCCUCCUACUGCCGCCGCGCUGCUAAAGCACGAUUUCUGUUCUCAUCCUGAAGGAAAGUUCUUAACCUGAGGUACUAUUUCUGGGUUAGCGGAGUUUGUAACCUGAAGCAUUUGUAACCUGAGGUAUAAAAGAGCAAAAUAAUUUAGUGUUGUCAUAGUGACAUGGCUCACCUCCCCUACUCCUGAAUUUACUGAGUGGCCUCAGGUAAGUUGGGGGAACUUUUUGGCCCAAUAGACCAGAACUUUUGAAUUCGUCACUUUUACAACUUGUCUAGUCUACCACAGAGGCAAUGCUAGUUACAGACCUGGUGAAAUACAACCCUUGUCUGGCGAUUGGAUAUUACAAAUCUGUAGGUCUCAUUCAAUUUGCUCUGUCUAAGCCAGGCAUAGGCAACCUUGGCCUUCCAGGUGUUUUGAGACUACAAUUCCUAUCAUCCUUGACCACUGGUCCUGUUAGCUAGGGAUCAUGGGAGUUGUAGGCCAAAAACAUCUGGAGGGAUGGUCUAAGCUUUCAUUUAAAAAGCAU